AGCUUACACUGUAAUAUUUUCUUACUAUGUAAUAGGAUUUGGAAAUGUCGUGAGCCUUGGAAUUUUCAGCAUUGUUUCUGUUUUUAGAAAUUUAGAGAUCCCACUUGAGAUCAAGUUGGCAGACAGAUCCUUACACUUCGCCCAUCAGGAGCCGCUCUUACCAACAGCAGUGACAACCUGUGUUUUGGGAAAGGCGUGAUGGCUUUGAGUUCAGGUUGGAGAGCAUUUGCACUGUUUCCAGGGACCCGCUGUCGUGUCUUUCUGAAGGCCACGAGAAGCAGUGGUUUUUCCUUGUUUCCCCGGGGCCACUGCCCCUGGAGAGGCACUGGAAGCUCUUUGGACCCUGAGAUGAAAGCGUUCCUGGAGGAGAACACAGAAGUCACCAGCAGUGGCAGUCUCACCCCCGAAAUCCAGUUGCGGCUUUUGACCCCCAGAUGCAAGUUCUGGUGGGAAAGAGCUGAUCUGUGGCCCCACAGUGAUCCUUACUGGGCGAUCUACUGGCCAGGAGGCCAGGCCCUGUCUAGGUAUCUUUUGGAUAAUCCUGAUGUUGUCAGAGGAAAGUCUGUGUUAGAUCUGGGGAGUGGAUGUGGAGCUACAGCUAUCGCUGCUAAGAUGAGUGGGGCAUCCAGGAUCUUGGCCAACGACAUAGACCCUAUUGCAGGAAUAGCUAUCACACUAAAUUGUGAAUUGAACCAACUGAAUCCUUUCCCUAUUUUAACCAAAAACAUUUUGGAUUUGGAACAAGAUAAAUGGGACCUUAUUGUGCUUGGAGAUAUGUUUUAUGAUGAAGACCUUGCAGACAGUCUUCAUCGAUGGCUGAAGGACUGCUGUUGGACACACAGAACUCAAGUAUUGAUUGGUGACCCUGGCCGACCUCAGUUCAGAGGACACAGCAUUCAGCAUCAGCUGCACAGAGUGGUAGAAUAUUCGCUUCCAGAACCUACUAGGCAGGAAAACAACGGACUGACAACAAGCACAGUGUGGGAAUUUCAGCCUUGAGUUGUCAAACUGCUUCCAAGUAUGGAUGUAGCUAUGUUUGGGUUUAACCCUAAAAGACUCUCUAGUUUGAAGAAUGCAAUUCCUAUUACAUGGCAAAUGUUGUUUCCAAAAUAUAAAGGUUUAAAGUUUUAUCUUCUUUCUUCAUGUAACUAGUUCUGCAGUAUGCCAAAUAUAUAAAUCUGUAUCUAUAAUUUUUUCUAGUCUUACUGCUAUAGGAAUAUAGUUAUAGAAGGGAAUACCCAAUGGUAGAAACAUGUAAUUUGUGGAGAGAAUUAGAUAUAGCAGUCUCUUUCUGGAGUUGAGGACAACUAUAUGAGGUGUUACUGAGUUAAACAAAUAAAAUGCAAAAUAUAGAAGAAUAUAGUAUUUAGUACAUAGAAGGGCCUCAAUUUGACAAUCAUGGAUAAAAAUAAAGAUGUUAGAAUUUUCUACCUACUCUGUACUGACACCUUAUGCCUCUUAGAAAUUGGUAAUGCCACCACUACAUGUCCCAGGUUUUCAGGAUUGUAUAUAUCAAUAAAACAUACUGUGAUAUAA